CCAAAACAAACAUCUGAUCAAAGUUGCCUGACUGGCUUACAGAAUCCCGUGAGACAUCAUCUGAUCCCGCACUGGUUUAUGCUAAACCUGUACCGGCUGCGGAUAGUCUUUUCACAGCAAGUUGGGAAUUAUUUGCGUUGUGUUGCAUUUAAAGUUAGAGGAACAACACCCACUCUACUGGACACAGAUGUGGACAAUAAUUAACUUCGUCUCACGUGAUGACCAAACGGAAGCAUUGGCUUUCACUUCCUCUCUGUGGACUGACUGUAGAGCGAAGCACCAUGGCUACAGCUCCUCUGGCCACGUCUGACAAAAGCAGCCUGAAAGAAGAUCUGACCUGUGCCAUAUGCUGCGACCUGUUCAAUGAGCCUGUGAUGUUGGCCUGCAUGCACCACUUCUGCAAACCGUGCAUCUCUAGGUACUGGAGGGGAACACAGGGGCCCGUAACCUGCCCACAGUGCAGAAAGGAGUUCAGCUCCAGGCAGUUUCAAACCAACUACCUGGUGGCAGCCAUGGUGGAGAAGAUCAGGGCCAGCACCUCGGACAUUUACUUCAAGAAUUUGGAGAAACAGCUGAAAGAGACUUUGGAGAGCCAUCGCCUGAGGAGGGAGGACUACAUCAACAGCAUUCAAAGAGACAAAGACAAGAUGGAUGCCAUAAAGAGAGUCGGGUCAGACCUGCAGGCUCGCGUUCAAGGGGAUUUCCAAGCGCUUCGUCAGAUCCUGCACAGUGAGGAGACCCGCAUGCUGGAGCAGAUUAAGAGAGAGCAGGACGAGGAGGUGAAGAAAGUCCAGCACCACCUGGAGGCGACUAAGCUGGCAGUGAGGGAGCUGGAGGAGAACAUGAAGACGCUGCAGCAGGCCAGUGGUGCCCCUGAGAACGUCGUGCUGACUGAGCUCCCACAGUUAAGUACACACGUGCAGGUGGAUAUUGCUCCAGAGUUUGAUGUAAACGCUUUCAGCAGCAGAUACAUUGCCCCAUUACAGUACAUUACAUGGAGAAAGAUGUUCAGGUCUUUGAAGCCAGGUCCUUCUCCAUUAACCUUCGAUGCCGACACAGCUCAUCCGAGCAUUUACAUCUCCAGGGACAAAACUGUGGCCUUGGAAAGUGAAACUAUGAUUCCGUACAUGAGCGUCAACAGGCGUUUCCUCCAGUGCGUCAACGUUCUGGCCGCCCAGGGCUUCCAUUCAGGCCGGCACUACUGGGAGGUGGAAGUGGGCUGCAAGCCCAAGUGGGACAUAGGAGUGGCCUUCGAGGCCGUGGACAGGCAUUCGCGGAUCAAGCUGAGCCCCGAAACCGGCUUCUGGACCCUGCGGCUCCGUAACGGGAGCGAGUACUCCGCCGGCACUCAGCCCUGGACGAGACUCCAGCUCAGCUCCUCCCCUCAGAGGGUCGGGGUCUUCUUGGACUGCGAGGAGCGGAGGGUGUCCUUCUACAACGCUGACGACAUGAGUCUGCUCUACACGUUCGCCAACGGGCCGCGCGGCAAGGUGUUCCCCUUCUUCAGCCCGUGCAUCAGUGGCAGCAGGCACAAAGCUCAGCCAAUCAAACUCCUGCACCACCCUCCUGCAGCUCUGUCUGGCUAACGUGGCUGCAGUCAAUACAAACACUUCAGUGAGAGCUGCUAAAAUACAGUUUUGCUGUUUUCUGCCAUAUGACACGAGGUUCAAUUUUGAGACUGUUCUCGUUAUCCACGAUUUCCCGGCUGGAUAUCAGGUGAACGUUUGAACCUUCACUCAGAAAAAAGAUGUUAUGAGAUUUUCUCUUGCCAUAUAUACGCUAUAUAUGAAGCCUUUGUGCUGUUAUUGUUCUGAAGAGACUCAAAGAAGUGCAUUAAAAUUUUACCCUGAAUUCUGUCCAGGAUAGAGUCAAAUUACACUUUAGGAUGGACUGUAAGAGUGAAUAUCUACAGCAGAUGUAGAUGGGUGACCUAUGAAAUGCUAAUUAUCCCUCAUCAAAUCAGACUGUAAUCUGUAGGAUUCUUUGUAAACGCUUUCUUUGGAAUCGCUAGUGAGUAAAAUCAGCAUAAUGGAAGCCUGUGGAGUGAGAUUCUGAUUAAGUGAUUCUUCAUGUUUUAAACAUGAGUCACAGGUGAAACCUGUUUUUAUUUGAGCUGUUUUUUUGUUUUUUGUGUUGUACAGAUGUAACUUCACAGCUUUUUUUUUUUAAACUAUAACACAUGCAGUAUAUAUUAACCUUAGUGGAAUAGCUUUUAGUUCUGAUUCAGCCUAUGCAUUGCAGUACAUGCCACUCUGCUCUUAUUGCAUGCCAGUGCCAGGUACAUGACAGAUCACUUCCUGCUUUCCAGCUCAAGCCAUUAUUGUAAAAACUGUUGAUUCGUAAUAAACGCAAUGACUUUC